CCUUGAUUUAAUUUUUAUGAGCUCUUUUAACAAAAGGAACUUAAUGAUGAAAGACAAAAUCAUCACUGUUAGACCUCCUUAGAGCGGCGAGUAAUUAUCUCCUUUAGUAAGACUACACGAAAAUAAGUUGACCGAAGCCACGCUUUGUCUUCAUAACAAUAGUAUAGCUCUUCAACACAAUGUCUAGCUCGUUGAAAGCGUAAAACUUUGCUUUGCGAGCUAAACUAACCUUGUGGAAGAAAAAAAACUUUGGUUAUGUGAACGACCACGAGUCAUUACUUUCACGAAAAAAUCUUGGCUUGCGAUCCAGCUUGAGAAUUUCAAAAUGGCGGGCAUUUCUCAUCAAAAACAAGUUAAUAUGAGGGUCAUCUUUCGCAAUUACGACAAAGAUUCGGACGGUUUUAUAUGUGUAAAGGACCUCACUAACGUCUUCAAGGAACUGGGCGAAGAAAUAAGCGACGAGGAAUUGAAGGAGUAUAUUCGAAACACAGGUUUGAAUAACCGACCAAACACGACGGUUUCUUAUGAGAAAUUCCAGCAACUCUCACAACAGAUUCUCCGCGAGACAAAGCGAGAGCGACGUUUGAAAAGAGUAUUUCAAGAAUUUGACGUAGAGAAGAAAGGCUACAUCGAAGCUCAAGGAAUAAAAAGAGUUCUUCGUAGGCUCAAUAUUGAUCAUACGGAGUCUGACAUAGAUUUAAUGAUCAAAAUGGCGGACACGAAAGGAGACGGGAGAGUAGAUUUCGACGAGUUUAUUCAAAUUUUUGGCGAGUCGGAUUUCAUGUAGAAAUUCGGCCGUAACGAAGCCGAGUUCUCCUGUAGAAACUUAAAAAGGCCAUCAAAACUUUACAUACAUUGGAAAAAAAAUGCUUAAUUUUGACGAGGGUUUGAAGGUAAGAAAGUUUAAUCAAACUGAUUCUUAAACUUUUUCAAGUAUUUCAUAUUUCUAUUCAGUUGAAAAAUUAGUUCGAACGGGUCAAGAUUAAAAUACAGAUCACAAAGAUGAAUUAAACAUUAAUAACAGCGACAGAACAUCAAUGUUUGCAAGAAACUGCAUGACGGGUUAUGUCUAUGAUAAAUAAAGUUGUCCUUAUUGACGAGGUACUAGUGCGCCAAAUUCACUGACGCGGACCAAAAAAAAAAAAAAAGAAUAAUAGUAAUAAUAAUAAUAAAAACAUAUCCUUAAUGUUAGUAAGAACUUUCAAUAAAAGCUACAAAAAAUUUCCUUA